UUACUUUUUACACUUGAUCUAUCUCCGAGUCUCCGACAAACCCAGAGACCAGACAGCUGGAACUUUUGGUUUCCAUGGCGAUCGACAGCCCAGAAGCAUUUCCACCGGUUUCCUCAACUCAUCCUUGGAAGUACGACGUCUUCUUAAGUUUCAGAGGCGAAGAAACCCGGAGGAACUUCACCGAUCACCUCUACACAGCCUUGUCUAUUAGAGGGAUUUACACGUUUCGAGACGACGAGGAGCUCCAGAGAGGACGAGAAAUCUCUUCAGCAUUAUUAAAAGCAAUCGAGGAAUCAAGAAUUUGUAUCAUCGUUUUCUCCGAGAGCUACGCUUCGUCCAGAUGGUGCCUCGAUGAACUUGUCAAAAUCAUGGAGUGCGAAGGUACAGAUGUGGGAGAUCCAUCGGAUCUCCAAGAGCUAAAAUGGAUAGUUCUCCCAAUUUUCUAUAAGGUUGAUCCAUCGGAUGUCCGGAAACAAACCGGGAGCUUUGGAAAAGAAUUUUCCCAACUUAAAAAGCGAUUCAAAUCAGAGGUAACGAAGGUACAUAUGUGGGAGAGAGCCCUCCGAGCAGCUGCAGAUUUGUCAGGAUGGAACCAAGAAAAUGUUGCCAAUGGGCAUGAGUCAAAGUUUAUAGAAAAAAUUGUUAAUGAAGUUUGGAUGAAAUUAAACAAAACAACGCUGGAUGUUGUUGAUCACCCGGUUGGAAUACAUUCACGUGUAAAUGAUGUGUGCUCUCUUUUAAAUCUUGGAUCAAAUGAUGUUCGCAUAGUAGGGAUCUGGGGUAUGGGUGGAAUAGGCAAGACAACCAUAGCCAAGGCAGUCUACAACCAAAUCUUCAACAAUUUUGAAGGUAGCAGCUUUCUUGAAGAUGUUAGAGAACGUUCAAGGAGCUGGGUUAGUCGGGUUGAGCUACAAGAACAACUUCUUUCGGAUAUCUUGAUGAUAAAAGAUCUAAAUAUUGGAAGUUGUGCUAUUGGAACUAGUAUAAUCAAAGGAAGGCUUCGUUUUAAAAAGGUUCUUCUAGUUCUUGAUGAUGUGGAUGGGAUAGAUCAACUAAAGAAAUUAGCUGGAGAUCAUGAGUGGUUUGGUAAGGGAAGUAGAAUAAUCAUAACAACUAGGGAUGAUCAUUUGUUGAAUGUCCUUCAAGUUGAUGGAAAAUACAAGGUUAAAGCAUUAAAUGAUGAUGAAUCUAUUGAACUUUUUAGUUGGCAUGCCUUCAACAAGAAGCACCCCAUAGAAGGAUACUCUGAUCUAUCAACUGAUGUUGUGCGUUAUGUUGAAGGGCUUCCUUUAGCUCUCAAGGUUUGGGGUUCUCAUCUAUGUGACAUAACAAGCACACGUUUAUGGGAAAAUGAAUUAGAUAAAUUAAAAAAAAUUCCUCAUGGUGACGUUCAAGGAAAACUUAGAACAAGUUUCGAUGCAUUAGAUUAUGACAACAAGGAAGUAUUCCUUGAUAUUGCAUGCUUUUUUAUUGGAAUGGACAAACACCAUGUAAUUAGAAUAUUAGAAGGUCAUUAUUCCAAUCCAGAGGGAAGAAUAACUGAUCUUAUUCAGAGGUCUCUCUUAAAACAGAACAGAAACAAGAUGAAGAUGCAUGAUCAGAUUCGAGACAUGGGGAGGGAAAUUGUUCGGCAAGAAUCACCAAGAAAUCCUGGAAGGCGUACCAGAUUGUGGUCUAGUGAAGACAUUGUUCAUGUGCUAGGAAAGCACAAGGGAUCCGAAGUAAUUAGAGGUCUCAUCCUAGAAAAUUAUUGUAGUUUGACUGAUGUAGAUUUUGGUACUGAAGCAUUUGUGAAGAUGACGGAAGUGAGACUGCUCCAACUUAAUAAUGUACACCUAACAGGGGACUUUGAACAUCUUCCUAAGGAGCUAACAUGGCUUUGCUGGAAUGGAUUUGCUUUGAAAUUUAUACCAGCUGAUUUUCACUUGAAGUAUCUUGUCAUACUUGAAAUGCAACACAGCAAAGUUGAACGAGUAUGGGAGGGAAUCAAGGUUCUUGAAAAGUUGAAAUACCUUAACCUUAGCUAUUCCCAAUUCCUAAUGCAAACACCAAACUUCUUAGGAUGCCCUAGUUUAGAGAUAUUGAUCCUUGAAGGUUGUUCAAGCUUGGUUGAGAUUCAUGAAUCUAUUGGAAAUCUUAACAAACUUGUUAUCCUGAAUCUAAAAGAUUGCAAAAACCUUAUGACUCUUCCCAGCAGCAUUUGCAACCUGACAUCUCUUAAAUAUUUUAAUCUCCACGGUUGCAAACAUAUUGGAAAAUUUCCAUCUCAGUCAUUGCUUUCAUCAUUUUUGUCAAUUUCAUCCUCAUAUUCAUACUCGUUAGAGAGAUUAGAUCUCAGGCACUGCAAUUUGUCAGAAGGUGCACUACCAAGUGAUCUUAGGUGCUUAUCCUCGCUGAAGAAGUUGUAUCUAAGCUUCAACAAUUUCAGCAACCUACCAUCCAGCAUGAAUCGCCUUUCUCAACUCCAUUGGCUUGAAUUAAACAACUGCACAAGGCUUCAAUCAAUCCCCGGGCUUCCAUCAAGUUUACAGUUCUUAGAGGCAAGUGGUUGCACGUCAUUGGAAAGUAUAUCAAACCUUGGAAGUUUAACAAAAUUAAGGUAUUUAAAUCUUCAAAAUACCAAUUUUGUCAGCCUACCUGUUGCUAUCAAUCAACUUCUUAGACUUGAUUGGCUAAAAUUAGAAGAAUGUUCAAGGCUUCAAUCACUACCAGUGCUUCCAUCAUGUUUAAAGAUAUUGAACAUGAAUAAUUGCACAUUGAUUGAAAGAUUAGAUUUAUCAAACUUGCAGCGCUUAAGUUCCCUACAGCUCAAAGACUGCAGGAAGUUGGUUGAUGUUCAGUUCCCAGAGAGCUUGGUAUUCAUAAGCGAUAUUAGCAUGAAUGGUUGCAGUAGUUUGGAAAAUACAAGUUGGAAUUUUCUCUUGAAUAAUAUCCUUCAGGGAGCAAGAAAAGCUGAUCGAUCUGACAUCCAUCUCCUGGGAAGUGAUAUCCCUGACUGGUUUAGCUAUCAAAACAAUGGUUCUCUUAUAUCUUUUGAGGUGCCUCCACUUGUAAAUCGCAAGAUCCAAGGGCUGAUCAUAUGUGCUGCUUAUGUUGCAAACAAAAAUUACAGUUCGCAUCAUUUUACUUUAUUUAAAGCAGAAAUCAUUAAUAAAACAAAAGGUGUUGAGUGGACGGUACAGCCAUAUGCAAACCAUUCUUUACUAAAACGUGGAAAGAAUGUUUGGGUGAUCUACAGGACUUUUAUUAUGAUUGGUGAUAUUCUGAUAAAUGGUGAUGUUAUGAUUACUGGUUAUCCUCAUUCUACAAGCGAGAUUAGAAAUUGGUUGGAAGGCGGAGACCAAGUGCAGGUUUCAAUUGUAUGUGAAAUUAGAGGAAGAGUGGCGAGUGGAGAAGAAAUCCAAGUUAAUAAAUGUGGCGUCCACCUGGUUUAUAUGCUAGAUGAUAGACUUCCCAAUGAUCAUUCAAAUGUGGGCCUGCAAGAUACUGAAAGAUUGAGACUCCAGCCAAAUCCUGCACUGAAUCCUGAUAUUCAAUGUGAUGAAAGAUUGACAACUAUGAAUCCUAAUGCAAAUCAAUUGAUUCAUUGUAAAAAGUUGAUAAUUAUUUUGGGGUUGUUAUUUGUAUGUUGUAUUUUUAGUUUGAUGCGCUUUUGAACCUCAUGAAAUAUUACUGUUUACUGAUUUUAUAUCUC